AUGCCCCACCGUCGCUCCUGGCACUCAUCGCCACCCUUACUUAGCCCUCCACUCAUAAUCAUUCUCUUCCCCAUCGUCAUUCUCACCAUCCUCUUUCUCGCUCUGCCGCCGCUCCUCUCCGCUGCCACGCGCCUCGUACGCCCUGCCUCCGUCAAGACCAGCUGGGACUCCCUCAACAUCCUUCUCGUCGUUUUCGCAAUUCUGUGCGGCGUCUUUGCCAGACGAAAUGAGGACGAACAGACCCCAAGAAAUAACCACCACGACGCCGUUCCGGAUCGAAACGCUGCGUUUCGACAAGUCCCUUCCGAAGGACAACCUCAGUGGCUUGGGUUCACAGGGGAAAGAAAGGAGUAUAUUAAUGAUACCCCUCUCAACCGGUUUCAGUCACCUGCAACCGGUGAUACACGGUUGAGGAUGAGAAGAAACAGCAGCUCUUAUCCAGAUCUGCGCCAGUGGGAAACCGGCGAUGACCGGUACAAGUUCCGCUUCUUUGAUGACUUCGAAAUCGACAAGCAGUUCCGCACGCCGGCUAGGGACCAUUUCCCCGCUUUCGACCACCGCAAACGAUUGCCGGAAUCAUCACCAUCACUGUCACCACAACCACAACAUCAGCAUCAACACCACGAACAACAGGACGAUGAAGAAAAGGAAAUUCCGGUUGAUACCUUCGAAACUCGUCCUUCAUCACCGCCGGUGAAAUCAACUACGCCAACUCCUCCACCACCACCGCCGCCUCCUCCUCCGCCGGAAUCGGCCCGUCGCAAUGCAGGACGGUCGCGUCGGAAAACAGAGAGAGUCAGUGAGAUAACCGUCGAGCUCGACGAGCGCGAGUUCACAACGAUCCGCUCUCCGCCUCCGGCUCCUCCGACACCGCCUUCGCCAUCGGCGAAGGUGCGAUCGGAGCGUAAGAGCGAACGAAAGAAGAGCAAUGUGAAGAGAGAGAUAGCGAUGGUUUGGGCUUCAGUUCUCUCCAACCAGCGAAAGAAAAAGAAGAAGCAAAGAGCAAAAAAUAACCACGAUCAACAUUACGAAGAUAAUCCCGACGAAUUAACGAACAGCACGACAGUGCCACCACCAACGCCGCCACCUCCACCACCUCCUCCGCCACCAACUUCAAUGUUCCAAAGUCUAUUCCGAAAAGGACUAGGCAAGAGCAAGAAAAUCCACUCAGUGUCACCGCCACCACCCCCGCCACCUCCUCCGCCGUCGAAGCGGUGGUCAAAGCGCAAGAGCCACAUCCCUCCUCCGUCUCCUCCAUCUCCUCCGUCUCCCCCACGCCGUCGAAACACGGGGCGACCACCGCUGCCGAGCAGAAACGUCAAUUUCCACGACGAGAUUCACGAGUCAGCUAACGUCGGGAAUCAGUCGCCGCUGAUUCCAGUUCCGCCACCGCCUCCGCCGUUCAAGGUGAAGGCGAUGAAGUUCGUGGUCCGUGGAGAUUUCGUGAAGAUACGCAGCAACCAGAGCUCGCGGUGUAGCUCUCCAGAAAGGGAGGAGAUUAUAAUGAAUGUAUCGGAAAGUACAGUGAGUGAGAGUGUUACGGAUAGUAACGGCGUUUUCUGUCCAAGCCCCGAUGUGAACAUUAAAGCUGAAUCUUUCAUCGCUAAGCGCAGGGGAGAGUGGAAGCUCGAAAAACUGAACUCCUUGAAGGAGAAAAGCAAUGUCUCAUUGCCUCGUAGGUUGUAG